AUGGCGGUGUCUCCGACCAAAGUCCUGCUGCUGAUGCUCGCCGCAUUGACGGAGCUUGCGCUUGCGUCGUCCGCCUCAAGGACGGUGGUCCCUGCGUCCGUGUCGGAGCUUUUCGAGAAGUGGUGCAAGGAGCAUGGGAAGGUCUACGGAUCCGAGGAGGAACGCGAGCAUCGCCUCCGGGUCUUCGCUGAUAAUGCCGCCUUCGUGAUGGAGCACAAUGGACGGGGAAAUUCUACGUUCACUCUGGACCUCAACGCGUUCGCGGAUCUCUCUCCCCAUGAGUUCCGGACGGCGUACCUCGGGUUCGGCUUUGGAACCAAGGGAGUGCCACCCCGCCGGCAUAGCAAGGAGGUUUUGUUCACUGGCUACGGCGGCGACGUACCUGAAGCAGUGGACUGGAGGGAGAAGGGGGCGGUUACAAAGGUGAAAGAUCAGGGAAGCUGCGGUGCGCUCUCUCUCUCUCUCUCUCUCAUACACAAAUUACUAUAGUUAGGGAAACAAACUAAUGAAAUUGCUGUAGAUGUAUGAAAAUGUUGAGAUUAGUGUUCCCUGGUUUGCUCUGAUUUUCAAGCUAUUCACUAGUGGCCCUUCUGAUUUUCAAGUCCUCUGGAUUGAGAAGCUGCGGGGCAGUUGAUAUUCCCGGCUGCCCAUCAUUAAGAUAUUCUUCUUUCUUUGACAUCUGAGGUCGACAAGAAUUUGGAGUCGUCCUCCUUCAGGGUGUAGGUCCACUUUCUGUUCUCAUCCCCAUGUGAUUCGAUUCUAUAGAACAUAAGCUUCAUCUCCAGAACCCUGAUAGAAAUCAAGUAGUUGUGUGCAUUCAACAGAGAAGGUAUCAGACAUACGACAUUAGUUCUGAUGCUCGAAAUUAGUUUUUGUUAAUUGACAAGCAAAUGUUCUCCCGGUUGUCAAGUCAUAUAGUAGAAAUCUAAAUGAGAGUCCUGUGGUUGAACCCUGGUGAGAAAGAAAUGAGCAUGAGACAAGUCCCUACAUUUCUAAUCCAUGAAACCAAGCCUUCACUCCCCUUCGCUGAGCAAAAAUUAGCUUGUUUACAAAUUUACGCUCAAUUCUGGGGCCAGUAAUUUUUCUCUGUACGAUGCAAGGAUCUUAUAAGCUUGUUACAGAGAGACUUAUCGUACCAGAAGCAUCGAUCAGCUGGUUCACAUGGGCACGGCACCAUUUUCUCUCUGUACAAAAAGCGAAAGACUUUGAUACAAUUACAUUGAUAUGGCCUUCCUUUUUCCACCACUGAACCCAGGUUAAAAGGAAAAGAGAGAACUUUGCCAAAAGGAAAAUAGUCUUUAUUAUGAAACGAUCUGUAGGACAAUGCAUGCUUAAAGAGAAGGAAAAGGUUAUUGACUUUUAUUGCUUUAUUUUUAUCCGUUUUUCCUGAUGGAUAGUGCAUUAAUUAAUCCUGAUGGGUCUCUUAGCAUGAGAUUGAUCAAUCUUUUGAUUCUGCUGAACAAUACUGCACCUGCAUCUAAAUCUCCUCCAACAAUUAAGGCUCUGAGUUCCUUGUCUCCUGGCAGGUGAUUGUUGGGCUUUCUCAGCCACUGGUGCCAUUGAAGGAAUAAACAAGAUAAUGACGGGAACCCUUGUGAGCCUGUCUGAGCAGGAAUUGUGCGAUUGUGACAGAAGCUAUAACACUGGUUGUAACGGAGGACUGAUGGAUUACGCAUUUAAGUGGGUGAUAGAAAAUCAUGGGAUUGAUUCCGAGGAUGACUACCCAUAUCAGAGUGCAGAUAAGACUUGUCUUAAGAACAAGGUGCUCUUUCCGUGCCAUUAUCUUACCGUUUGUUCUCUCUAUUGCGUUUAGGCUUCGCUAUAAUCUGGUUUCCCCCAUUUUUCUGUAACAGCUAAGUCGCCGUGUUGUAUCAAUUGAUGGUUAUUCUGAUGUUCCAGCAAAUAACGAGAAUUUAUUACUCAAGGCUGUUGCACAACAGCCUGUGAGUGUUGGCAUAUGUGGUAGUGAGAGACUAUUUCAAUUAUACUCAAAGGUCUGCUCCAGCACCUCAUCGUUAUCUUUUCAUUGGAGAGUUGUGGAGGUUCAUCCUCUCCCGUUAAGAACUACCAAGCCUCACCGUUAUUCUAUAUCUUUGACUUGCAGGGAAUUUUCAGCGGGCCAUGUUCGACUUCUCUAGAUCAUGCUGUGUUGGUAGUAGGGUAUGGUUCAGAAAAUGGCAAAGAUUAUUGGAUUCUGAAGAACUCAUGGGGAACACGAUGGGGAAUAGAUGGCUUCAUGCUUAUGCUUCGGAACAGUGGGGAUUCUCGUGGAGUUUGUGGCAUUAACAUGAUGCCAUCUUUCCCGACGAAAAAUACUCCAAACCCUCCUCCAUCACCCAGUCCGAGUCCAACAAAAUGUAGUUUAUUGACCUAUUGUCCAGCUGGAAGCACCUGUUGCUGUUCAUGGACUGUGUUCGGAGUAUGUCUCUCUUGGAGUUGUUGUGAACUUGAGUCAGCAGUAUGCUGUGAGGACCAUCGUUCAUGCUGUCCUCAUGAUUAUCCCGUAUGUGAUACGAAAAGAGGACAAUGCCUAAAGGUACAAUGUUUCUAG